AUGAUGAUUCCCGCGGGGGACACAGACUCAACCCUGGGCGAACAACCCGCUAGUGCGGAUCCGCAGUAUGAACGAACUUCCGACAGGUCUGGCGGAUUUCACCAGGAGAUCGAGUACUUGUACCUCGACUUUGGCACGCCCCUACCCCAUCCCGUGGGUAUCGCGUCGCCACAGCCGGGCCAGCAGACACCGCCGUCCAGCCCUAAAUUAAACAAAUAUGCCUCGCCCUUCUUAUGGUCUAAUGCUCGCAAGAGUGUCAUCACCGUCAUCUGCUGCUGCGUGACGGCCAUGUCGGCUUAUGCAGCGGGUGAGUAUACAUCCCCGGGCGACGAGCUGACGGCCAAAUGGGGAAUCAGCCGAGUCGUCUAUAAUUUGGGUAUCACGCUGUAUACGUUUGGGUUCGCCAUAGCCCCCAUGGUACUGGCGCCCUUUUCCGAGAUCAAUGGAAGGAGACCUAUUUUUGUAUCGAGCGGGGUUGUAUUUACCGUCUGCUUGAUCGGAUGUGGUGCUACAGAGUCCUUCGCGGGCAUGCUCGUAGCGAGAUUCUUCCUGGGAAUAGGCGGAUCGACCUUCUCCACCAUGGUCGGAGGCAUUAUCGCAGAUAUCUAUCAUGCUGAGGAUCGAAACGCGCCUAUGUCGUACUUUUCGGGGGCCGUUUUGUUCGGCACCGGACUAGGUCCGCUUAUCUCUGGUUUUAUCCAGCAUCGCGCGGACUGGCGCUGGAUCUACUAUUCGCAAGCCAUCGUAGCUGCGGGAUUCCUUGUGGUUCUCACUCUUCUCUUCAAGGAAACUAGGGGUAGUGUACUUCUGAGUCGCAAAGCAAAGGUGCUCAACCAGUAUUACGAUGCAUUGGAGGCCGCAGGUUAUCACGGAGUCAUCUUCAAUUCGAGCGACUCGAUAGAAAAGCAACAAGUGCGGCGCAUUCGAUGGAAGGUGAAGAGUGACGAGGAGCGUGAAAGCUUAGCCAAGAUGAUUACGAUUUCCUGUUUCAGGCCGUUUCAUCUUCUCUUCACCGAACCGGUGGUGUUUUUCUUUUCCCUCUGGGUAUCCUUUAGCUGGGCCAUUCUGUACCUCAAUUUUAGCGCCAUUCCCCUUGUUUUCUCGACGAACCACAAUUUUAACGUGGAGCAAUCCGGAGCAGUUUUCUCGGCUGUGUCCAUCGGUUCGAUCUUAGCCACCGUGAUGAGUGUCUAUCAAGAACAUCUCGCUACCCGCCUUGGGAAGAUGACGGGGACCCCCGAAGGACGUCUGUACUUCACAUGCGUGGAGUCGGUCCUGAUGCCCAUCGGGCUGUUCUGGUUUGGAUGGACAACCUUCCCGUCGGUUCCCUGGAUAGUACCAACUCUGGCUAUCGGAUGCGCAACCAUGGGCAUCUUCACCAUCUACCUGGCUGCUUUCAAUUACCUGGCCGAUACGUAUCAUCGAUAUGCGAGUUCUGCAAUCGCCGCUCAAUCAUUUUGUCAGAACCCCACUGUCCCGUGUAUCUGUUCCAUGCACUCGCUGACUGUCAAGCAUGCAGGCCGCAAUGUCCUCGCGGGCAUCUUUCCGCUGGUGACGAACGCGAUGUUCACGAAUCUGGGGUACCCGGCUGCCUCUAGUCUUCUGGGGGGGAUCGUAUGCACUUUCGUACCCGACGAUGUUCUGUUUUCUCUUGCUGAUCACCAGCUAGGGUGUCUUGUUAACGAUCGUACCGUGGGUGUUGGCGUUCUACGGGCCGCAGAUCCGCGCGAGAAGUAG